AUGUCCCUAUUCAAGCAUUUUGAACGAGGGCCUGUCCUUGACCUGUCAAACGACCUGCAUGAUGAAGUAGACUGGAAACCUGGUCCGCUACGAGUUUUUGAAUACGCGUUGAAUGUCACGGCAAUAGCGAUUGAGCCGAUAUCUGGUCUUCUUGCGAUUGGUACUGGACAUGGGUCAAUCCAUUUAUUUGGACGGCCAGGUGUGGAAUGCAAGAUACUGCUUCCUGAUGCCCACAAAGUCACCUCACUUCACUUGCCUUCAUCCUCCUGGAAGAUUGUGUGCUUGGAUGACCAUAGUCAGUUGCAUGUGUGGGAUUUAUCGUCUCCUGGUAUCCCGAAAUAUGUAUCAUCCGCAAGAUUCAACCAAGCAAACUCGUUGGCAGUUUCCCCUUAUCAUUCCCAUGCAUUUAUUGCUCUUCAGACAGGCGAAAUUCGAACAUACGAUGUGAUCUGCCUUCGAAAAUCACCGUACACUGUCCCAAAUCUAUGGAAUAUGUACGAGGAAAAGAUGGCUGCUAGUGGAAUGCCUGAGGUUACUACCCCCACUUCCGGUAUUGCCUUGGAUGUUGUCCCUCACCCCCGAAAUCUGAAUUAUCUUUUCAUUGUGUACGGAGGAGGGGUAAUUCUUUCCGAUCUCUCAGAGAGGACUACAUCUCGAGUUUAUGAACUGGUCUUGCCACCUGGAGCGCCAGGUGGAGCCGGCUAUGGUGCUCCAGAUAUUCUUACUCCUCGACGACCUGAAGCCACUAGCCUUGCGAUACACCCUACAGGCCACUUUUUCGCUGUAGGGUAUACAGAUGGCUGUAUAGCAUUCUGGGCUGUCGAUGAUGAAGAUCAACCCCUAUUCGUUCGCACUCUGGACGACACGGACGUACAUAUGGUAGAUGCGUCGCGGUUGGAUGAACACCUGAAUCAAGGAAAGACUGUCGAAUCUUCUCAAAGAGAACCUAUAUUCAAACUUUCAUGGUGUUCCUUCUCCAAUUCAUCGGAUCCUAGAGGUGGAGAUACGGCUCUCGUCGUCCUUGGAGGUUCUCGUGCGGAUGACUCGUAUGGUGUCACCACCUAUUGGCUACCUGCUUUCAAUCCGCCUACCCCGCCGGUGACAGCUCACAGCGGGAUUAACCCCGCUAUUCGAGAUGCGAUGCGUACUUCGGUGCAGCCAACAAAGACGUAUUUUUACUAUACAGAGGGAAUCGUCCAUGAUUAUCUCCUCGUACCUCGAGAUGCGCCUCAUUUCGCAGGUGCUUGCGAUCCCUUUGCGCUUCUCAUUGUACGAGAGGGGUCACGGCACACUCGUGUAACAGAAGGAUUUCAAUUCCCACCUCCAAGUUUUCUCACUACUGACAAUACAGAACCGGAAGGCGAGCUCCAGUCCAAGGAAGGAACUCAUGAUGCUCUUGAUGACCUUCAAUCUACGCUUCAGUCGAUGCAGCUCAGUGAUGAUGCUCAGAGUCUCGUAGCCCCAGGAUUUCUUUCAAAUGGUGUCACUGGACUUUCAGAUGGGCAGCUUCAUCGUCUCUCACGGGACGCUUAUCAAACUCUGGUUCAGGACAGUUUGCAGCCCGAUCGGGUAUUGCGACUUCGAGCCGGCUUUGCCUAUCUCAACACUCAAAAUAGCGAAGCUGGUCUUUCCAAGUAUCAACCUCCUCGCAUCCUUAUUACCUCCCAUUCAAACUUGGCGGUGCAAUUGUGGGAUGUCAGCGCCUCUCUGUUAACGAAUGCAAGACCAAAUCCUGUCGAAUACGAGUUUCCGAACCCUCUACCUCGCUUGACGAUGGACCUUAAGCUUGUGUUGACGGAUGCUCGGGUGGCACCAACACUCAGCCGAUCCGACUGCCGCAUGAUAAGUAUCGUCGAUUUUACAUCGGGGUCACUUGAGUGUGCUGUCAGUCUUUCCACUGGUGAAGUCGUCUUGUACCACAUGGGGUCGAGUGAUGAAGGGUUCGACGACUUCAAGCCCGAUGAGGGACUUGUAUCUCUCCAGGAUCUAUCAUGUCUCCCAGGUUCCAAGUUCAGGCCCUAUUUAUUGGUCAAUGCCAAGAAAGGCCCUGUAUCAGCAAUGUCGCUGGCGGAUGCAGGAUUAUUAGCUAUCUCUUACCAGGACGGGUCCCUCAUCAUCGUUGAUACGCGGGUAUCGCGCAUCAUUAUGCGGUCUGACGGCAAAGCGAAGAAUCGACACUCACUUGGUUUGCAUUUGAAGAACUCCGAAACGGACCAUUUCCAGUGUUUAUUGUGGACCGUCUGUCCAAUAUCGUCAGAGCGACAACCCCGCCUGCGGCUGAUUGCUGCUAAAACAUCUGGGUCCUCCUUUUUAUACACUUUAACUCAGACUCCGCCAGACUCGUUAUGGUCGAUCUCAGGUGAUCCCGUGAAGAUUGACACACCAAGUAACCCCCUGCCCGGUGGGCUCUUCGUGAUUGAUGCUAAAUCUGGAGCUCGAUGUCUGGCAGAAAGGAGGAGACUCGUUUCUCCUCCGCCUUUUGAAGGACACGUUCUAUUCAUAGCAGCUGGAACAGAAGGCGUGAGAUGUCAUCUUGAUAUUACUGGAGAUCGCCUUGGAAAAACAGAUUGGAGCAGUAAGGCUGGACAAGUGCUGACCACGCAAAUCGUAGAAAAGCUGGGUUCCUGCGCAUUGGUAGCCUUCACGGCUCAGAACGAAGCGCUGGCUUACUCGCUGCCUAACCUCGAGCUAAUUCAUAAUCUGUCACUACCUCCAGUUCGCCAACCUUUGCCACUAACUGUAGACGACAGCGGCGACUUCAUCGCGUGGUCGCUCGAUACAGACUCUGGUUUCAUCAGAGAAGCGACUUAUGGCACCUUAUUUAAUUUUCGUCGCGUGAAUACUUUGCCGGACGUUGUUUUUUCAACCAGCAAACCGGUCGUACCUCCACAACCCCAACCAGUUUCUGUCACCCCAGAAUCUUUCUUGGGGUCCUGGCUUAAAUUGGGCAAUCAAACAAUGACGGGGGAACAGCUCGAUGUGCUGCUCGGAGGACCAGACCGACCAAUACCUCGACCACAAGAGAUCACUGCCAAUCCGACAUCGGAAAGUCCGUCCGCAGCUUCCCGUGUAGCUAGACAAGCCGCGUCUACUCAGGAGACUCUCUAUGGAAGGUUAACAUCGGCAUUAGAAGAACGAGGGCAAAUGCUUGGGGACCUGGAGGAUCGUUUCAACUCACUUGAGCAAGGCAGUAGAACGAUGGUAAAUCAGGCCAAACGGCUGGCCGCCGAACAAACAGCUAGAUCUUGGUUCAAGUUUUGA